AUGGCGUCCUCUGAAUCGAGUGAUAAAAAAAAUCAUAUUACUCCAUUGAACACUGAAACCAAUUCUCCAAAUUUAUAUUUUCUCAAUUCAAAUGAAAAUCCAGGUAAUCUCUUGGUUACACAGCCACUACUUGGAAUGAAGAAUUAUCACUCUUGGUCAAGGGCUAUGAUCUUAGCUCUCACUGCCAAAAAGAAAAUAGGUUUCAUUAAUGGAAAAAUUGCUGAGCCAAGUCCAGAAUCUCCUCUAGAAUCUCCUCUUUAUGAAUAUUGGUUGAGCUGCAACACAAUGGUGAUUUCAUGGAUGAUCAACUCCAUGCAUGUUGAUGUCUCGAGUAGCAUAAUGUACUAUCAAACUGCUAGAGAAAUGUGGCUUGAAUUGCAAAAACUUUGUUCACAGGGGAGUGGCCCCAAAAUCUACAAUGUUCAGAAGGAGAUUUCUAAUAUUUCUCAGAAUUAG